CGCAGAGUUUACGUUCGCUAUGUUGGCAGCAUUUUGACAGCACUGUCAAGCGCAAGUUCUUUUCUGCACACGUUUUCCAAGGGAAACAAGCAGCUUGUGAAACUGAGUUAGUUUUCGGCCUUUAAAAUGAAGAUCGGACUGUGUGCAUUCAGCGGGUUCAAAAUCUACCCGGCCAGCGGCAAGACCCUUGUCAAAGCCGAUGGAAAGACGUUCACCUUCCUGAACAAAAAAUGUGAGCGUUCGUUCCUGAUGAAGCGCAACCCGCGCAAGGUGAAAUGGACGGUGCUGUACCGCCGCAAGCACAAGAAGGGUAUUGUGGAGGAAGCCGCCAAGAAGCGUACCCGCCGCACGCAGAAAUUCCAGCGUGCCAUCGUCGGUGCUUCGCUCUCGGACAUCAUGGCUAAGCGCAACAUGAAGCCCGAAGUCCGCAAGGCCCAGCGCGAGCAGGCAAUCAAGGCUGCCAAGGAAGCCAAGAAGGCUAAGCAGACCGACAAGAAGCCGAAAGCUGCCCAGCCCAACCCGAAGCAGCAGAAAACGAAGGCCGCUAAGGUCGCCCAGAAGGCUGCACCGCGCGUAGGAGGCAAGCGAUAAGAAGCGUGAACCACUUUUACAUUCAUACUUGUUUCUUACCUGAAGCCGCCAAUGUGUAUGGUGUUUUCGUGUCGGUUAUAAGCUGGUACCAUCUGGGCUUUGUCGGGCCGAAAAUGUAAUAUUGGAGAGUAUAAAAUAAGAAAACAACCACACUACCAGUGGAUGUAAAAUUUU